AUGGACCCGCCUGAGCGCCCUGAGCGCCCAAAUACUCCCGCGAGUUCCAGCAUCUUUGACGAUGACACGAGACCGAGUACUCCAGCGAGCUCCAUUAACAUCAUACUCGACCGUGGCGACGACGACGACUCGAAAGAGUCCUUCCCAAACUCGGGCCGGAACAAAAAGCGCAAAUGGGAGCGAGGCGGACGGCUGCAGCAUGGAUCUCGGGGUGGAGAUAAGAAAAAGAAUCUGGGACGUCGGGAACACUUCCGGGAACAAUUAGACAGGAGAGGCCGCAACGAUAACGAAAAGGCCAAACGGCAAAAGCUCGAGGAGGAUGGCAAGGCUCCCGAUUCGGUGCUGCCAUCGGCAUUUCCCAAGGCAGAGAUCGAGGCCGAGGAGAGAAGACCGAAGCGCAAGGUCGCUGUUAUGCUGGGAUACUCGGGCACUGGUUACAAGGGAAUGCAGAUAGACACCCUCCAAAAGACGAUCGAGGGCGACCUGUUCACAGCAUUCGUAGCUGCUGGGGCAAUCUCCAAAUCCAACGCCGACGACCCCAAGAAAUCCUCGCUCGUUCGCUGCGCUCGGACGGAUAAAGGAGUACACGCAGCCGGCAAUGUCAUCUCGCUGAAACUGAUCAUAGAAGAUGCGGACAUUGUGGAAAAGAUCAACAGCCAUCUGUCGCCUCAGAUCAGGGUAUGGGGAAUCGAGCGUACCACAACAUCAUUUAGUUGCUAUCAAGCAUGCGACUCACGGUGGUACGAAUACCUAAUACCAACACAUGCGUUCCUCCCUCCGCACCCUUCCAGUUUUAUGGGAAAGAAAAUCGUGGAAAUUGCAGAGAAGCAUGGCGAUCUGAAAGAGCACGUCAAGCGCCAGGAAGAGGUUGCAGAUUUCUGGGCCGAGGUCGAGGAGAAAACGAUCAAGCCGCUUCUGGAUGCCAUGGAUGAUUCAAUACGGCCAUUGGUGGAGGCGUCCUUGUAUCAAGUAGACGGUUAUCUCGACAAGGCAUCAGAUCCCGUGGUCGAAAAGGCACGCGACGUGAAAGUCGAGGAGGCAUCGGAGGAGGAAGCCAAGCCACAACCUGCGGAGUCGACAGCAAAUGGAGCAACCGAGAUCAAGGCCGAAGAGAUCGAGAAUGCGGAAAUCGACGCAGCCGUACAACAGAUCGAAGAUUCCAACCAGCACAUCUCCUUAAACUACACUUCCGACGGUACCGUUCCCCUCCCGGAAAACACUCUCCACCGCUCUGUCCUGGACGCGGCCAUUAAAUCCCUCCGCCGUGCCUAUAUGGACGCCAAACGCUCCUACCGCAUCUCCCCCGCCCGCAAAGCCCGCGUCCAAGAAGCCCUCAGCCAAUACCUCGGUACCAAAAACUACCACAACUACACCGUGCGUAAGAAGUUCAAGGACCCCUCCGCCAAACGCCACAUCAAGUCCUUUCAAGUCGCCGAGCAGCCUAUUAUGAUCAACGACACCGAGUGGCUGAGUCUGAAAGUCCACGGCCAGAGCUUCAUGAUGCAUCAGAUCCGGAAGAUGGUAGGGAUGGCUGCGCUGGUGGUGCGGUGCGGGUGUCCGAUUGAGAGAAUGGAGGAGUCGUACGGGAAUGUUUUGAUGCCGAUUCCGAAGGCACCCGGGUUAGGCUUGCUGUUGGAGAGGCCGGUAUUUGAUAGUUAUAACACUUUGCAGGCGGAAAAGCAUGGGAGGGCGACGAUUGACUUCGACAGGUACAAGGAGACAGUGGAUGAAUUUAAGCAGAGGGAGAUUUACGAAAGGAUCUUUAGGGAGGAGGCGGAAUCGAAUCAAUUCCACAACUUCUUUUCUCAUAUCGAUAACUACAAGGACUCGACCUUCUUAUAUAUAACGUCCGGUGGUUUCGAGGCUACGCUUGACAAAGACAAGGGGUUUGUCAAGGAUAAGGUUAAGAUGGAGGAGAUUGAUUCUGAGGAUGAUGGCGAGGGGGGUGAUGGUUGAGGGAGGAUGUUUCUUUCUAUGAAAAACACUUCUUGAGAUGCAGAUAUACCCACCUAGUCGGAAUGAUGCUGAUGGAUGCAUAUUACUUAUACUGGCAAGUUUUGGCUCGCGCAGAAGUGUUGCAUCGUGGCCGCGUCCAAAUUCCCGUCUCGCUCCCAGGCCUCUGUCCAGGUGUACUGAAACGGCUCAAACUCAGCAUAUUCAUUUUCGC